AUGCAAAAUGUACGUGGUCGAGCUCGGAUGUUGGGACGACGCCAUGCUCGGGUGCAUUUCAAUUUAGGCAGCAGACUUAGGUCAUCGAUAUCACAUGAAACUUUUCCAGAAGAUACAACACGUGAUUCUAUGCUAAAGCAAAUUUUAGCUCGUAUUAAAAAGUCAGAAGGAGAGUUAAUUACUUGUAGAAGUCGAACAAACGAACUAUUAAACAUCCCGGAGGACUCAUUGACGGCCGCUCGAAUUAGUCACGAGCGAUAUCUACUCGAUGAUCUAAUUGAUUAUGUUGAAUCUUUGGUUGGCGAUAAAAUGAAGUUACAGAUUUUCGUAGACAAGGAUAAUCAACGAUGGUAUGCAAAACGGCUUAAACGUGGUUUAUUAAAUUGGAUUGCACGCAAUGAAACAGAGCUUAAAGAGAUCAAUGCAUUGGAAAGUCGAGUGAUGAAGCGUUAUUUGCAAAUAAGCCAUGAAAAUAGAUACCUGCAACGUAUAUUCAGAGAUAUGAAAUAUUUCACAAAUCUGACCAAUGAUAAUUUCAAAAUCAUGGAGAUAUCAUCUGGGCCAACAUUUAUUGACACUUGCAAAACGCAGAGUUCUCCUACAAGUGACGAAAGUGAAGAAAAGGGUUAUAAAAGUGAUAAGUUGUAG